CCUUAUUAUUUUUACUUUUUUUUUUUCGUUGUUUUGCUCUCUGGUUGGUUGGGUUCGUUGCUGCUGUGCUUGUGCUGCGCUGAUGAACCCGUCAAACCUGUGUGCUUUGAUGGGCGAUUGGACCCUGGACUCGGUGAUUGAGGGGCGAGUGUUGCUUGAGAACAAAAUGAAGCAGCAGUCAUCGGAUCGCGAUCUGCUCGCUUGACCAGUCUGACGUGGAGCUGCAACGCUCCUUGCUCCUGUUCGAAGGGACGAUGUACAAGAGUUAGAUUCGAUCGAUGAAAGGACACGGGGGCCGUGCGUGGCCAUCAACCAAACCAAACUGCACACGGCUUUACUCUAAUUUGCUUUGUUUGUUUGCUUGGAUCAAAAGCACCGAUGCUGGAGUAUCGCAGUAUGACUAGGAACCAGCGCUGGCUGUAUGACAGAUUCAAAGAUCGGGGUGGAACUCUCUAUCUGAACCGCCAGCAGAUGAACGAUGCGGAAGUGCAAGCCAUUGCUGCAGCUCUCAAAGUGAACAAGGUGGCAACUGUGAUAUUGCUGAGUGAAAAUUUGUUUGGCAAUGCUGGUGUGCAGGCGGUUGCUGAUUCACUCAAAGUGAACAUGUCGGUGACUACGCUCUGCUUGCGCUCAAAUCCAAUUGGCGAUACUGGGGCGUUGGCGAUUGCUGAGACACUCCAACUAAACACGACGCUAACUUUCAUCCGCCUGGGCGAUUGUCAGAUUGGCGAUGCUGGAGCGCAAGCAAUUGCCAAGACACUCCACGUGAACACGACGCUGGCUUGCCUCGAAUUGAGUGCGAAUCAGAUUGGCGAUGCUGGAAUGGAGGCGAUUGCCCUCGCAUUCAACGUGAACAAGACGGUGACUUCCCUGCGUCUGGGUGGGAAUCCGAUCGGUGAUGCUGCAGCGCAAACGAUUGCUGAGACACUUGCAGUGAACACAACGCUCACUGAGCUAGGUUUGGGUGGCGCUAACAGCAAUCACCUUGGCGAUGCUGGAGCGCAGGCAAUUGCUGAGGGACUCAAGGCAAACAAGGCGGUGACUGCGCUCGAUUUGUCUAUGAAUGAGAUUGGCACUGUUGGAGCGCAGGCGAUUGCUGAAGCACUCAAAGUGAACACCACGCUCACCAAGCUCGAAUUGAGCGUGAAUGGGAUUGGCGAUUCUGGAGUGAAGGCGAUUGCUGAUGGACUCAAAGUGAACCCAAGGUUGACCGAGCUCCAUUUGGCUCAUUGUCAGAUUGGCGCUGCUGGUGCAAAGGCGAUUUCUGAGGCACUUAAAGUGAAUAAGACGGUGACUCAGCUCUACUUGGGCUAUAAUCAAAUUGGCGAUGAUGGAGUGCAGGCAAUUGCAGACACACUCAAAGAACACACGAUGACCGAACUCAUUCUUAGUGGGAAUCGGAUUGGCGAUGCCGGAGCGCAGGCGAUUGCUGAAGCACUCAGGGUGAACAAGAGGCUGACGAAGCUCUUUCUGCACGAAAAUCAGAUCGGAUAUUACGAGGAAACUGCAUUGCGUCAGAGCGCCCAUGCAUCAUGCACAAUACACAUGUGGGUGCAACACAGACCCGAUUCUGUUCGCUGCACAGAAGUUCGUGUGGUGUUACUGGGCGAUCCUGCUGUUGGGAAGACAUCUCUUGUUCACGGCAUUGCUCAGCAUGAGCGCAAUCCAGUGGUCAAGCUUUUUUCGGGAAACAAGACAAUCAAGACCACCUCUACCGACGGAAUCGACAUUUCCUCUGUCAUUCUUCGCGAUAAAUUGCCCAUGAUUCUGAACAUUUGGGACUUUGCUGGUCAAGAGCUGUACCUCGCUUCGCAUCAGUUCUUCCUUGGCGAACGUACCAUCUACUUGGCCCUGUUUGACGUUCGCGAAACCAUUUCGCGCAAUUCGCGCCUGGCUUUCUGGCUACGCAGCUUGCUUUCUCGCGUUCCGAACGCCGAUAUCAUUCUUGUCGGUACCCACAUUGAUGACAAGUCCUACAGUCCGCAGCGCCAUCAGGAGCAGCUAGAAAAUCUUGCAGAGCUGCUUCUGUGCUUUAAGCAAACGCACACCUCAUUCAACAUUCGCUCGACUGUUUAUAUCAACGCGAGCACAGCCGCAAGCGCCUCGACAAUGUCGGAGCUCAAAGCGGCAGUGCUCGAGGCCAGCCGAAAGAUGCCAUCCUAUUAUUCGGAAGUUGACGGCCGCUACUUGCAAUUCCGAGAUCUUCUGCGUGAUCGAGCGAAUACAAUGGAGGCUGACAAGAAGCCGCCGCUCCUGCGAUGGAAUGAAGUUGUCAAUCUUGGCAUGUCGCAGUGCAAACUUUCCAUGCAAGCGGUGAACGUGUGCAUGCAACUUUUGCGUGAUCAAGGGUGGGUCGUUUUUCAUCGCUUGGCACCAGCCGCUGAUGCCGUCUCUGGGACAAACGCUUCAGAGCAAACGCACGCCAAUGAUCACGAUCUCGUCAUUAUUAAUCCACAGUGGUUCACGAAAACCGUGUUGACUGGUGUGAUUACUCAGAAACAUACAUGGGUCAAGAAAGGAAUUCUAGCCCGCGCUGAUCUGCUUGCACAUGUUUGGAGGAACUUGGAUCCGGCUGUGUGUGAUCAGCUCCUCGUUCUACUUCAACGAUACGAACUCCUGUAUCCGCUCGCUGACGCUGACGCAGGAACAUCAGGUCCCCGCUACCUUGUACCAUCGUUUCUGCCUGUUGGACAGCCUGACCGCAGGGCAUGGUCCGCCAAUCCUCGCAAAGACGAGCCACAUGAGGCCACCCUCGUGAUGCGAACGGCCUUCCUGUACACUGGCUUUUUCUCGCGAGUCAUUGCCCGGCUGAAUCACCUUGAGCUCAACAUGACUGCAUGGCGCGAUUGCGUGCUUGUGAACAGAAAUCAUCAUCGAGCGCUCGUUCAGAUCCAUCGUCGCACAGAAGAGGAUGUGGUUGAUCUAGUUAUUGUCGUGCGCGGCGCUUCUCCAGGCAAUUUGCUCGAAACGCUCUUUGGCGUUGUCGAAGAUUUGACCACGUACUGGUACACGGGUAUGACUUGGCAAACCUACCUGCGGUGCACGGAAUGUGCUCGCGAUGUCCAAGACGCCUGCCUGUUUGAGCUUGAGCCUACAGUGCUUGCCGCCGUCAUCCCAACCAAGGAACUGAGUUGUGAUCAUUCGCAACGAACGCUGGAUCGUGGCCAGUGGCUCGCCUUCAUUCAGCCACUUCUGCUGCGCACCUUGUCAAGCGUCGCGGAGCUAACUGAGCUGCAGCGACAGGUACUCUCUGCAUUUGGCGUCUCUCCCGCAGUUGCGCCAAGUACGGUCGCGCCAAUUGCACAGCCUGAGCCCGAGAGCCAUGCGUCAUCGUCCUCCGCCAUUCCAGUUCCAGCAAUCGCUACCACUAUUCUUCGCGUUGGUAUGGAAGAGCUUUCGCAAGCCACUGGCAACUUCGCGCCUUCCCGGUGCAUCGGAGGCGGCGGCUUUGGCAACGUUUACUCUGGUACUUGGAGUGGUGCACAGGUUGCAGUCAAGCGUUUGGCAGCGAAUUCGACGCAAGGCAUCUCGCAAUUUCAGGCCGAACUCGACGCUCUGACUCGUUAUCGCCAUUACAAUGUUGUCACCAUCAUGUGCUAUGCUCACGAAGGCAACGACUGCUGCUUGGUGUACGAGCUAAUGGCAAACGGUUCAGUGCGCGAUCGUCUGGACCGCAAGGGUAGCACGCCUGCUCUGACUUGGCCACAACGGCAAAAGAUUGCCACCGAGAUUGCGAGCGCCAUGCAUUUUGUGCAGACUGCCAUUCCGCGUCAGCCGCUGUUCCACUUGGAUCUCAAGACGGACAAUGUAUUGCUAGAUGCCCAUUUCACUGCAAAGGUCGCCGACUUUGGGCUGACACGCUCUGCACCAGCUCAGACGGCCGCGCAGAGCUAUAUCCAAACGCUGACCAUUCAAGGAACUCGCCAGUACAUUUGUCCUCAGUACCGUGAUGAAGGCAAGGUCUCCAUCAAAACGGACGUCUACUCGUACGGCAUGAUUUUGCUCGAGCUGCUGACUGGGAAGCAGCCUGGUAUUGAGCUUGCUGGUGCAGUGAAACGUGCGCUUAAAAAACAGGGUCAAAUCGAUUCCGAGUUGGAUGCGUCAAUCGUGUGGGGUGCUCCAGACAAACUCGCUGCCACCGCAGUGGCGGAAAUUGCUGUUGCUUGCCUCGAGCCCGAUCGAAUCGACCGACCAACCUUUGGCCAGAUUCUGAAAGGGUUUGGUCAAUCUGGCGAGGACCAGGGCAACGCACUUGCUCGUGCUGCAAUGCCCCAAAAUGCCAGGAUGGAGCAUCAUCGCGCUCUCAUCAAAGAGCAGCUGCAACAUCAUUUGGACUCGGGUCUCGUGAGCUCUCACAUGGAGCCACAAUCCCAACUUGCCGAAGUUAGCGCCGCAGAAGUUUCACGACUGAGUCAUCGCCACAGCACCAUCAAGGAACAGCUCGCUCCUAUUGCAGACUCGAUUGUGGUGAGCACUAGCGAACAGUCGCAGCUGGCCGCACCGGAAUUGAGCCCGGACAUCGAUCGCGAAUGCUUGCUGUGUUUCAGCGCUCCGACGACAGCCAAGCUGAUACCUUGCUGUCACGCCUGUGUCUGCGUGGGGUGUGCUGAUUUGAUGAUUGAGCGUCAGGACAAGUGCAUGAUUUGUCGUGUCAUCCCGACCUCGUAUCUCCAGGGUAUUUUCAACCAGACGUUUGUUCCCUGAACGUGUUUGUUUGAUGUUUGUUUGCUGUGUUGCAUGUGAUUUCCUUUGACAUGAAGUGUUUUUGUUGUGUUCUCCUCGUAAAUUUGUUGCUUCCGA